AUGGCGCUGCGCAUCGACAGGGUGCAGUUUGAACACCACCGAGAGGCAAUUGGCAUCGGCGAGUCAAAGCCACGUAUAUCUUGGAGGUUCUCCGGUACCGAUGUCAACGACUGGGUGCAGGAACUUUACGAACUCGAGAUUACUCGUCCGGGAGUUUCAUUGCCAGAAGUCUACUCGGUCAAGUCCAGUGAAUCUGUUCUUGUGCCCUGGCCCAGCGAGCCUUUGCAGUCCGGUACAUCCGCAUCUGUACGGGUGCGUGUUACUGGUUGUGCACCGCAUGACAAGCCCUCUCCGUGGUCAAGUGCGACCUCCGUAGAGGCAGGUUUAUUAGACCGCAGUGACUGGACCUGCUCCCUCAUCUCGAGUGCGCAACCAGUCGACAUCUCGCUUCCCCGGCAACCGGUGCUCUUCCGAAGGGCGUUUUCUUUGAAUCAAACCGUCAACAGGGCGCGAUUGUACGUCACGGCUCACGGCGUCUAUGAAGCUCAUAUCAACGGUCAGCGAGUUGGAGAUCAACUUCUCCAGCCUGGCUGGACCUCCUACAAACACCGCCUUUCAUACCAAACCUUUGAUGUCACCCACCUCCUGCGGGAAGAGCAGAACAUUAUCACCGCUCAGGUCGCCGAGGGUUGGUUCUGCGGACGACUCGGCUUCCUUGGGGGUGUCCGGAAUAUCUGGGGUCAUCAGAUUGGACUUGCAGCUAUUCUAAUUACUGAGACGGCUGACGGCACGAAGACUGUUAUCAAUUCUGAUGAAGAAUGGAAAUCUAGCACUGGGAGUAUCAUCACCUCAGAAAUCUACGACGGUGAGGUCUGUGACCUGUCGCUAGAUCCAAGGGGAUGGCAGACUCCCGGCUUUGAGGAUACCUCCUGGGCCAAGGUACAAGUCAACAAUCUCCCAAGCGCCGCUUUGGUUGCUCCAGACGGGCCACCCGUCCGAAUGAUCGAGACACUGCAAGCGGCGUCAGUCUUCACAACACCCGCGGGCAAGAUUGUGGUAGAUUUUGCCCAAAACAUCGUCGGUUGGGUGCGAAUCCGUCUGAGUGGUCCCAAGGGCCAGACUGUCAGGCUGCAGUUCACAGAGGAACUUGAGGAUGGGGAGGUGGCCACCCGGCCCUUACGAAUUUGCAAAGCCAGUGACACAAUUAUUCUUUCAGGAGAGGACCAGAUCUGGGAGCCAAAAUUCACCUUCCACGGCUUCCGCUAUGUACAGCUUGAUGGCUACUGCUCACAUGCAAGUGACUUCGACCUUACAGCGGUCACGGCCGUCGUCGUCCAUACAGACAUGGAGCAGACUGGUUGGUUCGAGUGUUCCAAUCCUCUACUCAAUCAAUUACAUAAGAACAUCCGUUGGGGGAUGAGGGGAAACUUCCUGAGCAUCCCUACUGACUGCCCUCAACGGGAUGAACGUCUCGGCUGGACAGGCGACAUACAUGUAUUCGGCCCGACCGCUAAUUAUCUUUACGACACUUCCGGGAUGCUUCAAGGGUGGUUGAAAGACCUGUCUGCAGAACAAAUGGAGGACCAUGGUAGUGUACCUCCAUUUUUCUGCCCAAAUGUUUUCGUCGACGACACGAGAUAUCCUACCGCUAUUUGGGGAGACGUCUUGGUCGGGCUGUCUUGGGACUUGUACACAUCGUAUGCGGACAAGGGAAUAUUAAAUCGACAGCUUGAAAGCAUGCAAAAGUGGGUGAAUGAAGGAAUUCCGCGCAGUCAUUCUACCGGUCUCUGGGAGGAAGACUCGUAUCAGUUUGGCGACUGGCUUGAUCCUUUUGCGCCUCCAGACGACCCAGGAAAUUCCGUAACGGACCCUCAGUUCGUCGCAAACGCCUACCUAGUGCACGUCACGUCUCUUAUGCACAAGAUUUGUCUCGUCCUCGGACUCGAAGACCUAGCCAAGUCUUAUAGCGAUUCGUUCGCCAAAGUCAAGGUGGCAUUUCAGAGGCGCUAUAUUUCAACAGAAGGCCGUGUCGUGUGCGACACCCAAACAGCCCUCGCUCUCGCCAUCCACUUCCAGCUCUUUGAAAACAAAAACCAAGAGCGCACCGCCGCAGCCCGGCUCAAGCAUCUUAUUUUGCGUAACUCGAGGUUUAAGAUUGCAACUGGAUUUGCUGGCACACCCAUCAUUGGGCAUGCACUCUCUCGGGUUGGAGAAGCUCAGCUCUUCUACCGAAUGCUGUACCACCGCAAGGCACCAAGCUGGCUCUACCAAGUGUCUAUGGGUGCGACGACCAUGUGGGAGCGCUGGGAUAGCAAGCUCCCAGACGGCAGUAUCAAUCCCGGUGAGAUGACGAGCUUCAACCAUUAUGCUCUUGGGGCCGUUGCGGAUUGGAUGCACCGCGGUAUCGCAGGUCUGGUCCCAGUGAAGCCCGGCUGGCAGAAGUUCCUGGUCGCACCGGUUCCUGGAGGUGACCUCACACACGCAAGCGCUCGGUUCAUGAGCCCUUACGGGCUGAUAUACGUCAAAUGGAUCGUAGAAAACGCAAAGUUCUCGCUAAGAGUCCAGGUUCCUCCGAAUACCGUCGCCGAAGUCAAACUGCCCAGCACCAACUCUGAAAAGCAAGAGGUUAUUAGUAUUGGUUCAGGCACUUACGAUUUCCAGAUAGAGUAUCGAUUGCCAGCAUGGCCACCCUUGCCUAUCUAUCCUCAAUAUUAUCCUCAUGAUGAUGAUGAGCCUUAA